AUGUCCUCCUGGUUCACGUCAUGGAUCCCCCAGAUGCCAUCUAUAUCUCUGCCUGCCAGCAUUCAGUCGCGCUUCGUCUCCUUCGCCCUGAAGCGGACACUGGGACACUUAGUGAAGCCGGGCCAAUUAGAUGCGCAGCAGAUAGACUCUCAACUCGGUUCGGGCUUCAUUCAGAUUUCAAACUUGGAACUAGAUCAUGAUGCCAUAAACUCAAUGAUCGCCGGUGUACCCCUGCGAUUACACGAGGGCUCCAUAUCAUCCAUUACGGCACGAUUAUCAACAUUGAACCCAUUGUCGGCCAAUAUGCAUGCCAGCGUCAAAGCUAUCCACCUCACAUUCCAUCUGCUGCCAACGUCGGCCGGCCCCUCGAACAUGCCUACGAACCUGGCGGACUCCAUGACCUCCGUCGCACAAAGCUUCCUUCACGAAGAGUUGACACCUAACGAGGAGGCUACCCUCGCGAGCUCUAUACUUGCCAGCGGUCCGGGCUCUUCACAAAGGCACAUUCCCGGUGGCAUGGAGCCUCUACCACCUGACGAUCAGACCCACGAGGCUUUGGACGCCGAGAGUGUACCGAUGUUAUCAAACCUCAUCGAAUCGUUGCUUUCCCGUUUCCAGUUCGAAGCUGUCGAAACGAAGCUUAUUAUUGUGCACCCUGAACACGCGCGAUUUGUGAUUGACAUACCAGACAUUCGGUACCAUACCGAAUUCCGCGAUUCAUCGUCGUCGGCGGGGAGCGAAGGAGCCACAGGAGAUGCUCGGACCAUCACCGUGACCGGUCUUACCGUCAGGACUCGGUCCCUCCGUCCGUUAUCAUCACCCGUGGCACCAUCCCUUGGCACUCUUUCCCCGGCAUCACCUCGAUCUCCGCUCUCGCAACGCUAUUCAGAGCCGGUGACGCGCAGCCCGAGCUCCCAAUACGCCUCCGAUUCUUCGGAUAUAGAUGACGAUGCUGCCAUGGCAAUGUCACAAUCCAUUGUCGGGUUACCUCCUCGACCACCUUCCCCUUCAAUUUCCGCAAGCAGUAUGUAUCUGAGCGCUAUCGCGGAGUCUGCUACGGAGGAAUGCCCGGAAGUCUCCAGCCCAUCCAGUGACAGCCCUGUGGUUGAUCUAUCCCUUGAAGACCGCAGAGCGGAAGCCGCCUCGAUGAGAGGUUCGGCAGAUGAUCCACAACCUCGGAGCCCAGAGGCUGUGCAUGAAUCUUCAAACGACGAACCGAUCCUCUCGUUUGCCCUGGAACCUAUAGUCAUGCAACUGACCCGUCUAUUCGCAAUCACCCCCGCUCAACAGACCACUGUGCCACUGAGGGAACACCCAUCUCCUGCUAGUAUUCGCCCUCUUCGUGGAGUCUCGGAAGGCACUGCAAACCCGAGCACGUCGGACCGGUUGUCAGGAGCCAAGCUCCGCUUAUCCCUCGGGAUGGGGGUCAUUACAAGUGCUCUGCGAGCAAGGCAUGUAAGUGAUAUCAUGAAUGCUCUUGAAUUGGUCUCGUCGCAAACGAAAGCGACAACUGAGACGGGGGCAUCCAAUGCUCCUGGAGCAUCGACCGUACCAAGUGGAUUGGACGCAUCACUCCGUAUUCGUGGCGUCGUUCUACUUUUCUUGCCCCCUCCGCAAGAUCCGGGCUCCGAAGACGUCGACAGUAUCGAAGGGUUUUUCAGUAAACCUCUACUCCCCCCGCGUUGCCGCCAAGGUUACGUGCGCGCGCAUGUUGACACUGUCUCAGCUACACUCAGUACCACUACACCCCUACCACGGCGCAAGGGAUAUACGGACAAGCUUGCAGGCGGCUUCAAAUCUACGAUGACUGUGAAGGAUAUGUCCGUCUUUGCCUUCUGGAACGAAACGUCUGGUGGCUCAGAUGGACCAUACGCGUCCCCCGUCUUCAUCUCUGACCCCCAUUUACCUCACCAACUUACAUCCGAGCAUCAAUUUCCUGAUCGACCCCAGUAUUCUUCCCGUUUCACCGAUCUACCCUUUGCUAAGCGCCCGUACCCCGUUCAUCCCGGGUUACCGUCCUUCGCCAUUUCGGACUGGACAUCAAUGCGUACACGGUCCAUCAGGCUGUCGCAAUGGAGAAUGAAGCCACCACAACCAUCCCAGAAACUCCGGACCGGGAUAUCAGGGAUGGCAAACUCAACCCGAAACAUAUCUUUGUCGCCCGCGGACAACAUAGGUUCUCCGGAUGACUCGAGUGAUGUCGAUCACCCACCCAUUAUCACGAUGAAAGUGGUUCCAAGUGCACAGGAUGAGAACGAACACAGCGAGAUUCGAGCAGACCUCAAAUUUGCGUCGGUGCAUGCCUUCAUUGACAUGGAUCUCAUCCUGGGUUCCAAGAGCGGACUUCUUUCUUUCAUAGACGAAAUCCAGGACGCUCGCGAGAUUAUAAGUUCUGCGAAAUAUUCCCGGGACAACAUCGACGAGGACAACGAGGGCGAUGAGGAUAUCGAAGCUACAGAUAUUAAUCUGAUGGAGAACGCCCCCGUGACCCCUAGGCUGCGUCCUGUGGGGAUGCCGACUCAGGAAUGGGAGAGGCAAGAGGAGCGCAGGAGACUGGAACAACUGGUCAUCGACGAUCUCGAUCUUGCCUACGAUUACAGGCAACCAACGCGGGCGUCAACAUCAUCUACCCCCCCAGGUGGAGCGAAGGGUCCUCAUAACAUGAGCAGACCUAUCGCAGGCAAGUCCUCGAUCUGCGUUUCUCUGUCCUUGCCGGCUAUCCGAGUUGAAACACGAUGCCCACCACCUCUCGGACGCCCCUCCCGGUCUGGCGUUCUUUUGCUGGACUUGCAGAACUUGCGAGUCCAAGUGGGUGGCUUUCCAGACAAUCCACGUCGCCGAUCAGUGGCUAGGUUUGCAGAAACAUUGGAGAGUGCCGAUCGCUCCGCCGCUUUGGAGCAGGAUCUCGGAGAACGACAGGCGACUAUUCAGGUGCAACGCGUGGUUAUAAGUGCGGGGGGCUGGGGAGAGCGAACGGCGACUUCUGUGUUGUCCGUAGGGUGUCGUCCGAGUGCUAGCCCUGCGCAAGGAGGAGGGACGCCGACAGCAAAAACUGAUGCUCUUGGAGAGUUGGGACACCAGGGGCUUCAGUGUAUUAUAGGUCAACCUCGGCCGUCAUCAUCGAGCCUCGCUGGCCAAGGCGCAUAUGUGGUUGCCAUUGACUUGCCCUCGGCUUAUGCAUCUCUGGAUAAGUGCGCGAUAGAUGGGCUGCAAAUAUGGGCAGAUGACUUUGCGCAACUUGUAACUCGCGCAUUUGUCCCGCGUGGGGUUUCAGAACCGACCAGGAGUCAGGACACCAGUCUCAUAGGCAGCCGAUUCUUUGCGCGGACCAGGAAUCAGGGAAGCCGGAGCGCUAGUACAACCACAAGCCUUGACACAGAAGUACCCUCGAAGUCGCGCAAUGAGAUCAUCGUGAAAGUGAACCUCACAGAAGCCGCUCUUCGCCUCCUUGUUCACCGCGACGACCGCCACCUCGAUCCUCGACCAUUUGAUAUCUUUGCAUGGGAUAUUGACGCGCUGGUCGAGAUCCAGUCUGAGGGUAAUGAUCGAACAGUCGUGACCGUUGGUGCUGAAGAGAUGGGCAUCUACGACUGCCCCACCGACAGUUCGAUCGUGAACCUCCUCAGUAUCGUGCCUCAUGACACAUUGAGUGGCACGACGAAACCUUUCUUGAAGCUUCGAUUCUCAUCUUUCACGGUCCCAAACACAACUGCCAAGGAAUCCACGCUCAAGGUCACAUUGUUCGGACCCCUACUCAACGUCUUCCCGGAUUUCCACUGGGCUGAAGACUUAGGGAAAUUCUUCAAAGCACCUCCUGGAACCUUCGAAUCCGUAGUUCCAAGCGAGAAAACAAGGAUUUCGGUCAAGACAUGCAAUACUCACGUUAGAGCUUUCGCGCGUACGAAACCCAGUUCCAUGGUCUUCCAUGUCGGCGAAGUGGACCUGCUGACCGACAUCAUCGGCGACUCACCUGAGACUUCGUUCAAGAUCACCCUUCCAAACCUCACUGUCCUCCUUGUUGACGACCAUGACUCCGGUACUGAGACCGCUCAGGCACCCUCCGCCGUGAAUGUGGGUCUGGCUGCAUGGAAGGCCAUAGGCUACGCCACCCUUGCCGAGCUGAAAGACAUUGAUUUUCAAUUUAGUCAAGAGAGAAGAUCCGCAUCUUCUAAUAUACAGGUUUGGUUGGAGAACAUGAACCUACGGAUGUACCUUUGCGCGGACACCGCUACUGCACUUAGCUCAUUCAUAGGGGAUCUCUCUCCAUCUGACGAAUUUGCCGAAAAAUUACCACGCCCCAAAACCAGGGAAGCGCCUGCUAUACUUUCCGAGAAUGCUCAAGCCAACGCCAGCUUAAUCGUUGAUUUCGACGAAGAUGCGUUCAAGAGACGGGUCCCGGAUGCAUGGUCCGCUCCAGAUAUGAUCGAGGACGACCUCCCACGUAACCAAGACUAUCUUGAUGACUCCUUCAGCGCAACCGCAGGCUUGAAAGACUGGAGUGACGAUGAACUCGGCGCCUCUGAUACCGAUCGUUCGACUACUCAACACGGCCUGGUUGCAGAUGUUGGUGGCGAAACGAUAAGAUUAAUUGGUGGGACAGGGAUGCACAUUAUCGAGCACUAUUUCGAUUGCCUGCCAUCGGAAUCGGCGCGGGUUGGACCGGCUGACGAGACAUUGCUGAGAGUGCGAGUUAAAGGCUGCAGCGCUGUUGUUUUCCUUCACGAUGGAUACGAUUGGGCUAGAACACGCAAAACAAUCGAGGAGGAAAUCAAAGCCAUGAAACGUAGGCUGGCCAAGAUUCGCCAGCUCCUGGCUUCAGGUCAAACAUACGACCCUAAUAUGGAGGGCGUCAGCACUUUGCUAUUCAACUCAGUAUAUGUUGGCUUGGAGCAGGACGCCGAGGAGUUGGAACCUGGAGCACUCAUCGCUGCCAUCGACGAGAAGUUGAACGACGACUUCGAUACGGCAAGCCAAGACUCGUGGCAGUCAUUGAAGCCGCAUAUCCCUACGAAGCCCGGGACGUCCGACCUCAAACCUCAUUCACGAAGGCUUAAACGUUCGAAGGGCCCUAGCAUCGAGUUUCGCUUACUUGGCGUCGACGCAGAGUUCGAUCGCUACCUACCCGACAGGGAACAGGUUUCUCGUACCUUGGUCACCAUUCGAGACGCGGAAAUCUUGGAUCAUAUCAAGUCUUCGACAUGGAGGAAGUUCUUGACCGAAUUGCAUACGGAUGCUCGGGGCAAUGUGCGGGAAACGGGCUCGAACAUGGUCCGGGUGGAGCUGCGCACAGUUCAUCCCACCAGCGGGCACCAUGCACAGGAAGCCAGGUUACGGGCGAAAGUACUUCCACUUCGACUUCACGUGGACCAAGACGCGCUUGACUUCUUGAAGACCUUCUUCAGCUUCAAAGAUCCAUACGCUAGCCCGGGGACCGAUGAACCAGGGGAAGAGACAUUUUUCCAACACGUUGAGGUAUUUCCGGUGGAUAUCAAGCUAGAUUACAAACCUCGCAGAGUGGACUACAGGGCGCUUCGAGAGGGGAGGACGAUCGAGUUGAUGAAUUUCUUCCACUUCGACGGUGCGGAGAUGACUCUUCGGCACAUUACUUUAUCGGGAGUCAGCGGAUGGGCCCGACUGGGCGACUUGUUGAACGAUCUCUGGACACCGGAUGUCAAGGCCACGCAACUCGUGGAUGUGAUCUCCGGCGUCGCGCCCAUCCGCUCCGUCGUGAACGUUGGCUCCGGCGUUGCGGACCUCGUUCUUCUGCCUAUAGCGCAGUACAGAAAAGAUGGUAGGAUUCUUCGAGGCAUGCAAAAGGGCACGACUGCGUUCAUGAAAUCUGCUGGGAUGGAGGCUCUCAGGCUUGGUGCGCGACUGGCAACGGGGACGCAAGUCAUCCUUGAACAGGCGGAGACUGUACUUGGAGGAGGCAGUAAUACUGUUACUGCCGAGACGUUGCACGUAGCUCCAGUGUCCGGCAACGACUUUAUGGAGAUCGGGCAGGACCCAAGCGUCGAUAUCGACGAGAGUCAGGAGUUGAUCAGUAGAUAUGCCGAGCAACCUAUGGACGUCAAGGAAGGCAUUCAGUCCGCAUACAGGAGCCUGAAGAGAAACGUUAACUCCGCUGCCCAAACCAUCCUUGCAGUUCCCAUGGAAGUCUACGAACGCUCGGGAAGCGAGGGCCCAGUACGAUCCGUGGUUCGUGCGGUGCCUAUCGCCGUAUUGAAACCUAUGAUUGGGGCGAGCGAAGCUGUCAGCAAGACAUUGUUGGGUUUGCACAACACCUUCGACCCUAAUGUCAAGCAAGAAAACCAGGCGAAGUACAAACAGCGAUGAAGACCUUGGUUAUGAACCUGUGCGUGACUCGAACACAUGCAUAUGCGGAUAAUGUAGGGAUACACCUCAACACCUGUAUUGAUAAAUAGCUGUACAAUAUUUCGCAGAAAUCAUAUCAGAAGUGGGACUGUAAAAGCAGAAGUGAUACACCGGUGGAUGGUUCCAUAACACAAGCACAUGAGACUCAAUCCAUAUCCAUGCCCAUGGAUCGUCCAUCCCCGGGAACCAACGCAGACCUCGACUUCGUCUGCACCCGAAUUUUCUCGACCACCAUGCUUGUCUCCUCCGUCUCCAUGGCGGUAGGUUCGAGCAGUGAGACAUCCGCUGCACGCUUGUUCGCUGUUUUCCGGCGGUGGGUCUUGAGCUUCUCCCGUGCUGCGGCCAUCCUGUGUUUCCAGAAAGCAUGUUCUCUCCUCUGCUUUAUUUCCGCCACACGCUUCAUCGCCUUGAUGGUGGUCUGCACAAGCUCCCGAUCGUAGCGUACCGGGAUGUUACGGCGCUUCUCGAAUUCAAUCGUAGAGUCGAUAGUCAUCUCCUUGCCAGCUGCCUUCCUGAAUGCUUUCGUCCAUCGCACUUUGCGAGGGUUGCGCUUCAUUUUGAAGUUCUUGUGGCACUUGGAUGUGCAGAAACGAAACACUUUCGCAUCGUUCCUGACAAAUGCACUACCAUGACCAGGAUAUACGCUCUUGGAGCAGAAGUAGCACUUUUCG